AGGCACCUCUUGCCCUUUCUCCAGUUCUGUGAUGGAAGGCAGUGGCAGUGGAUUGACUGUAGAGCUGGCCUCCCCUGGGCCUUGUGUGGCUGGCAUGGAGGGGAACACCAGUGGGCAGGUGUUUGAGGUGGCGCUGCAGAACAGUUCCUCGUCCAAACGUAGCCCUCAGUUUGUGGGGGUGGAGCUGCUGAAAUCCUUCAAGCUGCUCAUCAUCCCCUGCUACAUCCUGGUGGUGCUGAUCGGGGUGUUCGGCAACUACCUGCUGCUCUACGUCAUCUGCCACACCCGUAAGAUGCACAACAUCACUAACUUCUUCAUUGGAAACCUGGCCUUCUCCGACAUGCUGAUGUGUGCCACCUGUGUCCCCUUCACCUUGGCCUAUGCCUUCAACCCCCGCGGCUGGGUGUUUGGGAGGUUCAUGUGCUACCUGGUUUACCUCAUCCAACCAGUGACCGUCUACGUGUCUGUCUUCACUCUCACUGCUAUUGGUGUUGACAGGUACUAUGCCACAGUGCACCCUCUGAAGAAGCGGAUCUCAGUGCUGGCGUGUACCUACCUCCUAUCUGGGAUCUGGCUGCUCUCCUGUGGGCUUGUGGCCCCGGCCGUGGCCCACACCUACCAUGUGGAGUUCAAGAAUGAUGGCUUUACCAUCUGUGAGGAGUUCUGGAUGGGCAAGAAGAGAGAGAGGUUGGCCUACGCAUACAGCACACUUUUCAUGACCUACGUCCUGCCUCUGUCUGCCCUCUGCAUCUCUUACCUCUGCAUCUCUGUCAAGCUCCGUAACUGUGUGGUGCCUGGCCACCGCACCCAGAGCCAGGCCGAGGCCCAGCGAACCCGCAAGCGCAAGACCUUCCGUCUGAUCACCCUGGUGGUGGCGGCUUUCGGCGUGUGCUGGAUGCCCAUCAGUGUGUUCAACGUGCUGCGGGACAUUGACAUUGACCUGAUCGACAAGCGCUACUUCCUGCUCAUCCAGCUGCUGUGCCACUUGUGUGCCAUGAGCUCGUCCUGCUGUAACCCUUUCCUGUAUGCCUGGCUGCAUAACCGCUUUCGUGCCGAGCUGCGCAAGAUGUUCACCUGCCACCGCCGCAUCGGCAUCCCUGCCAACCACUGUGCCACAAACAGCGUGAACCCCUUCAUCCCACCCUCCCACCCACCCGCACAGGAUUUGUUCAGAGAAUGGUCUUGAAACCAGCUGAAAGAUUUUUGGUCAGGGUUUUUGUACUGUAAGAUAAAAUUAUUACUUUUGUUUUUCAAAUAGUUGAUUCUUCUGACCCCACUCCCACUGUUUCUCAUGCCCAAAUAAUACAUAUUUUGUGAAACGUAAUGUACAUUUCUGCACAAGAUUAUUAAGUGGUUGCACAAGUGCAAUAAACUGUGCCACAAACAAGAGUGCUGCAAAAAAAGUAUACUGCAUUUGAAGUGUUCUUAGACAUGUUGAAACAUCAGAAGUUGAUUGAUAAUGAUGGACAUCUUCGGUGUACAUUAUGCUGUUUAUGUAAGCAUAAUCUUUAUUGUACAGUGUAUUGCCAAAUGUGCAUACAAAGUGAUGGUUUAAUAAUAGAUGCUUUGGGUUUGGUUUUUGCUUGAUUUUAAAAGUCUCUACAACCUCAAGGUUGUGACUGACAGGUGAUGCACAUUACCAGAUGGGAACGCAGCUACCAACCUCACAGAAGAGGGUCCUGGCUUGGUAACAAAGAUGAUAGCUUCAGUCUCUCAACAACUAACAAAAAUUAAACACAUUUGGUCAUGUCAAAAAAGAUUGAAAUUGGUUCCAUUUAACCUGUUUUCCAUUUUUGACAAGUUGCAAGUUAAAACACAGUUUUACUUUCUGUGACAGAAAUUGUUGCAUCAUGCAUGUUACAUCUUUGUAAACGUAGUGAAGUAUACUGAACAAAAACAAAUGCAACAUGCAACAAUUUCCAAGAUUUUACUGUGUGAACUUUUUUCAAAUCAAAUUUAUUUAUA